UGAUAGCAAGGGGUAUCCAAGAAAUAUUUUGCAAUUAAUUGGUUUUCCCUAAUAGAAAUUGUAUAAAAUUUUAAUAUGUCGUUCUACUGAUCUUUAUUAUGUACACAGAAGAGUAAUUAUCUUAUUAACGGCAGUAGGAUGUAAAAUUUCCUUAAGAAUAUUCUGUGAUCUUGAUUCGAGAAUACUCAUGAUAGAGGUUUUUUUAAGUGUCGCAGUUACUUAGUUAGGCACUUCAAUAUUGGUGAUGUUGUUUUAAGUAUCUCCUCAGAAAGACACGGAACAUAAACAAGUAUUGGACUGGUUCAUCGGUUUAUGGGGUCUUUAACAUGGAGACAAUAUCAAACACAUCACAAGGAGACAGCAGUGUAAAAAGUGAUGAUAGUAGUCCCCAGCAUGAGAGUGGGAGAAGCUCACCUCCUCCAAACUGUGCAAUAUGUCUGGGAACAUGUAAAAAUAAAUCUUUUACAGACUCUUGUCUGCACCAGUUUUGCUUUAGAUGUAUCUUGAAGUGGAGUAAGGUCAAAGCAGAAUGUCCACUGUGUAAACAAAUUUUUAAAUCAAUCAUUCAUAAUGUACAGUCUAAUCAUCAGUAUGAAGAGUACAUGGUUGAGCAAAGAAAUCAAGUGGAGGAUAUUGAGAGAAUUGAACUUGACAAUUUAACAAAUGCCACACAGAGGUUCAGAUACAGGACAACACUAACAUUGCCGUAUCGAGAUUCAUGGGCCAUAGAACAGAUUUUGUCAAAUUACCGGACAGUAGCUCGUCGACCACCACCCGCUCACAGACGCCGUCCACCUUCCUAUUUUCGUCGAACUGUCUAUCGUCAUAAUCUCUGGGCACGACCACUCCCAGACUUCACAGGCAGAUAUCGAGACUGUGCACCGGAAUUCUAUAGGUGUAAUGACUCUCAAAUGCACCGUUUAGUGCCUUGGUUAAGUAGAGAACUCCAUUACUUGCUUAAUGAAAAUGUUGGGCAUAUAUCCUAUGUGAUGACUCAAAUAAUGGAUUUGCUUCCCCGAUAUCAUAUUAAUUCCACAGAAUUCCGUGAGGCAAUGCAAAGGUAUUUCGGUGAAAGGACAGAGCAUUUUUUACAUGAGUUAUAUUGUUUUGCAUCGACACCUUAUGAUAUGGCAGGAUACGACAGGAAUGUUCAAUACACAACCGAUUCGCGAGUAUCGACGAUAGUCAACGAGGUGAUUUCGAGUUCUGAUAAUGAUUCCAGCCUCGAUUCGGAGGUAAAUAUAGAUGAUUAUUUACGUAAUUUCCCACUCGACGCGCCACCUGGACCGUCUCGAGGGCCAGCGCCGGUGUACCCUCAACCUAAUAUUUCAAAUCCAUCAACAAACGAUGUAAUUCCAAUAGAGACUAUAUCGCAUUCUGAUUCUGACGACAAUUCAGAAGUAAUGGUGGUGGGAUAUAUUAAGCCCCCUCAUGCGCGCACCCCGGAAGUAGUAGAUCUGCUAGAGUCGGACAGCGACGUCGUCAUCGAAGAAGACGCUCAACCACCGCGUCCCAUAGUGCAGCCGCAGACGAGUCAGCCUCAAGAAAGCAGGCCAGUGCCCUUGGUCAAACUCACUUUGAAACAACACCAUCCGCCCUCUACAACUGCAAACUCCCUCUGCACUUCUGCCCAGCGAGCCCGCGCGCCUUCCGACUCUGACGAUAGCACUCACACGCCGCCCCUAUCUCAAUGGGGAACUUAUCCGUCUCACAGUUCCGACAGUAGCUCUCCCGUUGGUGCAACUUCUACGUCGUCUGAAUCAGAUAUAAUAUCAAGAAGUUCCUCAUCCUCGACAGAUAUUAUUUCAUAUUAUAGUGAUUCAAGUAGUGACUCUUAUAAACCGCGUCCGCAAAAAACUAGAAAAAAGAAGAUCAAACGAAAAUCAAAUAAAAGUGAUAGAACAAAAAAAAAGACCAAGAGAAUAAAAAAAGAAAAAAAAUCAAAAACUAAAACUAAAACGGCAGAAACUAAACAAAGUAAUCGUAAAUCGUAUUCUGGUAAAGGUGUAAAAUCAUCCAAAAGUGCCGAUGCAACGGCGAGUACGAGUUCAGGGAGAUCUCAAGCUUCUACAGAGCAACCUAGCACUAGUGGAACACAGAAUAGUCGUAAGAGUAUCAAAAGGAAAGCAGAAGGCAGAAUUAGUUGUGAGAGCAAAAGACUGAAAAGUGCCGUUUCUGUUGUGAGUAAUCAAAGGCAUUUAAGGAGUUCCACUUGCAGUGAAGCGUCAAGUCACGCAAACAGUUCCAAGUCUUAUGCGGAGGGUAAAGAAAAAAUCACUGAUCGAGGCCCGGAUACAAUUGUUAAUAAAAAUUCUGAUGUAUCUGAUACUGAGUUAAACGUGCCACGGAAUAUUACGGACAGUUUUUAGUACAAUAUUUAAAAACUAGCAUUACUGUGAUAACUAGGAUUUUGGGAGCUGGUGGCCAUGUCUGCUAGAGCCUUUACACAAAUGUAAUGUAUAUAGCCAUUAUAACUUGAGUACUAAGUUAGCAUUUAGUAGUUUUUUUGUAUCGCGGGUAUUUAGAUUGUCUCGCCAGAGUAUUUUUUAUUUAAACUGGGUAAAUAUAAUACAUUGAAAAAAAAUUAUAAAACUGAGACAUUUUAAAAUAAAUAGAAAAUAUAUAAAAUUUAAGAUACACUGGCUCAAAAAAACAGAAAACCCAACUAGUCUGGACUAAGACUGCGGUAGCUACACAAAAAUAUUGCCAUAGAAAUCAUACCAGCAGUAGAAAGUUUAAACUUUCCUAAGAAACAUUUCCAAAAAAUAGCUUAAUUAUUUAGUUUAGUUAUCGAAAAACCAAUUCAGUUUUCGCUUCAAAAUGUAUUACUUCGAAUUCAGUCGACUUCGUGUAUAUCAGAAUAAUAUAUACAAUAAACAUUGUAUAAAUAACAUAAAUGCAUCGCCUAUGCUCGUAAACUAUUGCAAAUAUUUUUAUAUCUAAAUACACCAGAAUAAUUUAUUUAAGAAGCUAGAAAAUAUUUGUGUGUAUUUGAAGGAGUGGUUCUUGGGGCAGUGAUACUGAGCAACUUAUUUUUAAUAUUUGUAUAAUCGAUCUUUUCCAGCAUGUUUAACUUAAAAGUUGGUUUCAUCUGAUUUUUUUAUUCUAAUAAAUCUACGAAAUGACAAAUGAUAAAAGAUUACGUAGAUGAUUAUAUUUUUUUGAUAUAUUUUAUACUUAAUGUCUUAACUAAAUUACUACCCAAAAUGAAUUUUGCGCAGUAUCCUUCAGUCUUAAUUACUUAAACCCGUGUAUAAAUUAGCUUUAGAGGUACCGGCUCGCCUUUAAUGCCUACCAAUGUGUAAAUAUAAUUUUGAGCAAAUAAAUUAUUACGUUUGUAUAAAGUUAAAUUUAUUUUUAUCAUUAUAUUAAUCGAUCGAUAUAAUUGAUGAAAAUAUGGCUGAUUUAUUGUUGUAAUGUUUUCUUACUAAUCGAUAUAUAUUUCUUUCAUAUAGAAUUUUCGAGUAUGUUCUCGCUAACUUAUGUAACCUAAUGAGAAUGCAUCUAGCGUUAAAAGUGUUCAUUCAUUCAAGAGCGCGUGGCGAAUGCUUUGUUAAAAACGUUUUUUUUUAGUUACACUUAACGCUCAGUCUCGACUCUGGAUCUGGUAUAUUAAUUAUAAAAGUUUGAACUUUUUUAUACAGUUUCUUUUCACUAAUUAAUAUUUUAAGAAGCAGAGAGUAGACAACAAUUCCUGUAAUCUUAUUAUCAACGUACAGCUCAUACAUAUUUUAAUGCAACUACAACAGAAACAUUUAGCUCACUCAUCCUGUUAAUAACACGUUGUUUAGCGAGUGCAAAGAUAUGAUUAUUUAUUUUUGUGAAAAGGAUACAUUUAAAUAAUUAUUAAAUGCAUUAUUAAGAGCAUGUUUUAUGCUAAUACAAAAUAAAAAUAAAGAAACGUGUAGCUUUUA